AUGCUUCGCAUUCUAAGACCACUACAUAAACCCUUUGUGGCUCACACUCGGUGUCUGAGUACAGUCACUGAGAGGCAGUUGACAAAGGAAGAAAAAGAACUCAUCACACCCAUGAUUCGCGUAGACCAAGCUGGUGAAGUAGGUGCCUACUACAUUUACAAGGGCCAGAUUGCUGUAUUGGGAAAAGACAAAAACUUGAAACCCAUCUUGCAAGAGAUGUGGGACCAAGAAAAAUUACAUCUCGAACGAUUUGACCAACUUGUUGGAGAACACCGAGUGAGACCGAGUCUGCUGAGACCCUUAUGGGAAGUCGCUGGUUACGCGGUUGGCUAUGGUACUGCCUUGAUGGGUAAAGAGGCAGCUAUGGCAUGUACUGAAGCAGUGGAGACUGUGAUUGGUGGUCAUUAUGAUGAUCAAUUGAGAGAAUUGGUGACCAUAAAGGAACCCAAUCAACAGCUGGUUGACCUUGGCAAGACUAUAGCAAAGUUUAGAGAUGAAGAACUUGAACAUCAUGACAUUGCUGUAGCCCAUGAUGCUCAACUGGCGCCGAUGCAUUCUGUCAUGAAGAAUGUUAUCAUGCAAGGUUGUAAAGUGGCCAUUUGGGUUGCUUCCCGUGUAUAA